UGUCUCCUGAACGGCUCUAGCUUGCGAUAUCAGAGAGCUAUAACUGCUGACGGUGAAGAAUUAAAGGAAUUAAAGUCAUCAUGAAGGGAGAUGGUGCUAAUGAGCCUUUUCCCAGAAGAGCCUUCGCCGACAUCAAGGAGGCUCACGAGAACUCGCCAACUAUGGAAAAGUUCUUCCCCUUGCUCUUCAUCCUCCUGGCAGCCGUGGGCAUCAACACGGCGAAGAGAGGUCCCCUCGGGGAGUACCACGUCGCCAAGUGGAGAUUCAUCCCCCUGCUGUGCCUGACGGCCCUCAUCGUCUGGUACUUCAUGCAGACUCUCGUCUACUUGUCCAGUGGCAAAGUCAAGCUGAUCGUAAUCGUCGUUUACCUCAACUUCAUGUCCAGCGCGGUCUUCGUGUUCGCCGUCAUCCUAAUAACAGCAUGGAAACGUAACGACUACUGCACUCUCCUGACAGACAUAGUGCUCCCUUAUCAUAAGCCCAAGGCGCAGACGCUAGGGCUCAACAUCCUGCUGCUGGCGUACAUUGCCAUCAGCUUCUACUUCUACCCAUGGGAAGAUUACCGGAAGGACCCGCUGCAAGUCGCCCUCGGCAUCAUCGCCGUCCUGGUCAUGCCGGUUCUGCCGACGCUCAUCGACCUGCAGGCCUGCUGCCUCAUCAGCGGGCUGGUCGACGGCCACAAGGACCUCGUGCGCAACAUUCAGGAGACGCCCAUCGUCCUUCCUAGCGACCGAGAGAAAAGUCACGUCGAGAAAACUAAGCACGGAAUCAUGAUCAACGUAUUGCCGUUUCUAGGACUAGAUAGGAUCGACCCUGCAACCAAAGGGUCAUCUUGGGUCGAGCCUGACACAGGUGCCAUCAGGGUACAGAUAGUGAGGGACCACUGUAGGUACCUACAUGACCUGGUCACCAAAUAUAACCACAUCUUCUCCAGCGUCAUGGCCCUCCGCUGUUUCCUGUUCCUGAUUAAAAACAUGGCCCUGACUUUCGCCGUGCUGGUGGGUUAUCCUGGUGGGCCCAUCAAGUUCCAUCUGAUUGAAGAAACCCUCCGGUUUUACAUGGUGUGCUCCUUCGGCGACAAUCUGUUCCAGCUGCACGAAGACGUGGAGGACGGCGUCCUGGCCCUUCAGGAAUCGAACAACACCUACGAAGGAGAUCGCCUUCUGUAUCACGCCCUGGCGUCUCGCAUGUCUGCUCGUCCGGCCUUCGUCAGCAUCGGCGGCACUGUCAGCUUGGGUAGAGGCAUGAUGGCGGCUUUUCUGAACGUCGCCCUGACUUACACGAUCAUCAUGUUCCAGUAUAAGCCCUCAGAUUAGGAGAGAGGCUGGAACUGGAGCUGGAACGUGUUGUAUGUACCGCGUUCCAGCUGGGG